UACGACUAUACCGCAAUUCCGUGCAACAUGGCCGCGACGUUGCUGAAUACCAGAUUUCUCUGUAGUGAUUUUAACCUAAAAAAUCUGAUUGGAGUAUCUGAAAAUUUCGAAGAACAUUUAAUUAUCACAUGUAGAGGUUUCGUAAAAAUAUACAACGUUCGUGAUCAAAAACUGAUACAAAGUUGGACGACAAAGACUUGGCAUCCCUUUACAUCACCAGCAGUUUAUGAUCCAGAAUCUAAAAAGAUUGUGGCUGUUAUAAAUCAUUCUUCAAUUUCCCGAUGGAACCAUGCGGAAGAUGACAUUGAUAAAGUAAAGAGAGAAAAUUUUGAAACAUCCAUCAACCAACUCAUUGUUUCUGGAGGGACCGUAUAUGUGGUUUUCAACAGCGGUCGAAUUGAAGAUUUAGAGAGUGCUCUGAAAUCGCGGAAAGAAGUUAAACCUGGCUGUAUAGAAGGAAAUGAAACGAUCACAUAUGCUGCUGUUGAGAAAGAAAAAAAUAUUGCUGUCAUGGUAGUAAAGGAUCAGGAAAGCCAUUUGAAAGUGUGGAAACUCCACUUGGGUGAUGGAUCUUCUCCAGUCUGCUGUAACAUGGUGGUUAAAGAUGAAAAUCUUACUGCAAUUUGUAUGCUUUCAGCUAAACUCUACACUCUUUGGUCUAGCGGAGUUAUGUAUUGUCACAACCUACAUAGUGAUCCAAUAGAGAGGCUUCCAGGUCGGCAGUAUUCAACAGUGAAUGUGAUUGAGGCUUCUAGGAAUGCUAGAAUUCUGCCUGUUUCAUCAAGUCACAUGGCUUUGAUUGGGGCUGAUCUUAAAGAUGAAGAAGGGAAAAAAAUAUCUUUUGGUGAAAGAUAUUCACUGCAAAGUAUGCCAGAACUUUCCAGAGCGACUUUACAAGCAGCACAACUGGCAAAAGAAAAUUCUUUUUCUUGCUUUUCUCAUACAUAUGCUGGCAGUUUGUUGGUACUUUGGGAUGUUAAAUUUGCCAUGGUAACAAGUACUCGACGUUUGAAGAUGUAUUAUGAUCCUCCGUAUGCUUGGGUUUCUUCAGUUGGAAUAAUUGUUGUUGAUGGUGGAUCACUUUCUUGCACACCUUAUGUCAUCGCCAAUUCAACUCUUGCUACAGUUUUUGGGUCACGAAUUUCAUCUGAAGCAGAAUGUCCCCCUGAAACAUGCUAUGGUUGGGAUGCAACAGUUGACGUGAAAAAAGGUGAAACGCAGACAAUUUAUGCAAACAAAAGUGAAAAGCUGAAUGAAGUCCUCAGAAGUGUAAAUAAACUUUCUUUAAGUGAAAGCAUACUCGCUGGAACUGUGAUAGGUCCAAUGGUUGAAAAUAAGGAACUUGCGCUUUUGCAUGAAGUUAUUGCUGUAUUUGAAGACAUACCAGAAUCAUACCUAGUCAAGGUUAUUCAAUGCUACCUUAGGUGUAAGGAUUCUGAAUUUGAUGGGCUGUUCAAAUACCCUGUAAUGCAGAUGGAAGUCAAAUGUCAAGGGGAAGAAGGAGUUGUGAGAUGCCCAUUUGGUCCAGGGAAAGCUUCCUUUAUCAAUGCUGUCUUAAGAAAAUCAUACACAGAUACCCAUCUUGCAAAAGAACUGAAUAUGUUGUCAUUUGAAGAUUCUCUCUCCCUAAUUCAGUACCUGUACUUCUUAAUAGUGGCAGGAGAGGUUUUGCUCUGUCCAGGAAAUGAAGCCCUUUCUCUAGCAGAAGUGAGUGAAUGGUUGAGUCUGAUCCUUGAUACGAAAUACCAUCAGCUAAUCUUGUCAUCUGAGGUUGACGUUCAUCGCCUAUUGCUGUCAUGUUUUAGUCGAAUUACAGACAUGGUAGGCUUCAUUGCGCAAGCUUCUGCAAGAAUUGAUUGCAAUAGAGCCACUCGUAGAGAGAUUGAGGAAUGACAAGGCUCCACUGGGAAAUACAUCUUGCAGUGGAUAUUCUCUUGAAAGACUAGUUAUUACUAGAUAGAUGUAAAUUUUUGAGUUUUUAAUUUUAGAUUAAUAAAUAUGCUAAUUAUCAA